UCUUUGCAGUUCAUGUCAUUAAACCAAUUGCGUGAUCUAUUUUCUGCUUCAAAAUCCAUUAGAGUUUUCUUUCCUUUUUCUUUCUUGUGCUAUCCUUACUGGAAGUCUUGACCUUCCCUUUUUGGUUAAUCUUUGGAACCGGUGUUCCUGCAGCAAUGAAACCAAUGAAGAGGAAGAAGAAUAGCACAAGAUGCAAGCCAUUGCCACCUUCUAAGAGACUACGGCUUGAAGCUCAGAGGGUCCUUAAAGAGCGUGUCCAGGAUAUUGCUGACAAGAAAGGCAUCAAACUUAGAUUUUGUAAUCUCAAAGAGUGUGAAGGUCACAUACAAUCACGGGACAGUCCAUGUGGAAGUAUAAGAAUGGAGAUUGGGUGGCCACCAGGGGUACCAUUUGUUCAUCCCCAUGACCUUCCCAACAAGUCAAAGAUUGGUUUUCUUGAAGCUUAUGAGCCUGGAUGGACUGCAGCUCAGCAAGAUAUAGAGGAAUCAAUCUCCAUAGCCACCAACAUUAAGUCAUCCUCUUUCAGCUUGCGACGUCACAUAGCAUCUCAGCUGUUUGAUCCUCAUAAUCCUGUAUUCAAGCUCCAAAUCUGUUAAAAAAUAUUAGGAAAGGUGCGGUUUUUCAUUUUCUUUCAAAAGGUGUUGCUUUCUCCCUAGAAAGCCAUUCCAUUACAUCAGUUUUUUUUACAAUUGGUGCAACUUAUUCCUGUGUAAAUAUCUCAUCAAGCAAAAGCGGUCUACUUGCAAUUUAUUAUUAUUAUUAUUAUUAUUUUAUCAAAUUCCUGGUUGUUUAUUAAUCGUUGACAUGGAUUUUGUGUUCUGGAGCAGAAUUUUGUUUCUUUUGGUUGAUAGAAAUAAAGAGCUGAAUCCCAUGUUUUGCAUGUCUUUCAUGCCCAAGUGACACCAUGGGAGG